GACCAGCCACAGGUGUGAAGACGGAUCGCGCACCAGGACACCGAGAGCCACGGCAGACAACAUAACAAACCUGCCCAUCUGCCUACCUGUACCUACCAGAGAGAGCCUCUCUCAAUCUCGACCUGUCUCACCCUCUCGCACAUUGCCAUCCGAUUCGACUCCGCAUUCUUGCCUUGCCUUUUGGCUAGCUUGCUCCCCUCACCACUACGGCCCGCCUGCCUACACCUCCCGCCAUGACGCCGACCGAAACGCCUCCACCGCCCACGCCGGCUUUCCUCAAGCUGUCCUACCCGGCCCCACGCGUCCUCUUAGUACGGAUGGACCGGCCCAAGGAACUGAAUUCUAUGUCCACAACGGCCCAGUGGGAGAUGGAUUCCGUCUGGAAAUGGUUCGACCACGAGCCCCUCCUUAGCGUCGCCAUCAUCACCGGCUCCGGUCGAGCUUUCUCGGCCGGUGCCGACCUCAAGGAGUGGAACAACUCGAUGUCUGACAGGGCCGACCCGAGGAACCGUAUGGGAAAUGCCCCCCCCUUCAAGCCGUUAAGCCGCCGGCUGGGAAAGAAGCCCAUCAUCGCCGCUGUCAACGGGCUCGCCAUGGGCGCCGGCUGUGAGUUCGUCAUCAAUUGCGACCUCGUUGUCGCCGCCGAGGACGCCUAUUUCGCGCUGCCCGAAGUGAAGCGGGGCGUAGCCGCCGUCGGAGGGGCGCUGCCGAGGCUCAUCCGGACCAUCGGCCUGCAGCGCGCGUCCGAGUUUGCGCUGACGGGUCGUAACGCGACUGCCCAGGAGAUGUUCCAGUGGGGCGUCGUCAACAAGGUUGUGCCCAAGGAGUACGUCGUCGAGGAGGCCGUGCGGCUCGCCGAGAUUAUCGCGAAGAACAGUCCCGAUGCCAUCAUCUGCACACGUGCCGGCCUGCGCCAGGGCUGGGAGACGGCGAGCGUCGAGCGUGCUGCAGACUGGACACUGGAGAAGGAAUUCGCCGAGCUGCAGAAGGGCGAUAAUAUACUCGAGGGCCUCAAGGCCUUCUCUGAGAAGAGACUGCCGCGCUGGAAGGCGAGCAGGCUGUAGGCUGGGGCCGAGAUCCUCCCGUCGGCGUACUUCUUCCGAGUCGACGAACGGGCUGUAGUGCUACGUCCGCGAGUCAAACGGUGACAGCCCAGGAUCAGGCCUGUUCUGGGACCUCACAUUGUCCACGUGUGCACUAGCCCUAGGAGAAGCAGGGUUGCCCAUACGAAAAGUUUGGGGGAGGACGACUUCCCACAUGGAAUACUUACCAUCAUAUCUAUGUACUCGCCUAGGUUAAAUCGUGUCAUGUGGUGACGUCUUGAUAAGGCACGACAUAGCACGGCAAGCUGUUCACAUACCCCUAAGCGACAUCACCCCCUCGAUCAGGGUUGUAUA